AUGUCGUUGGUUUCGGGUCCUGGCAGGGCUGUUGGCAGCCGCUCAGAGCAAACACUGUGUAUCCAAAAACACGUGGACUAUAUCAAGAAUCUUGACACUAGAAGGGAUGAGUUGGAAUAUUGGCUCACCGAGCAUCUUCGACUGAAUGGAGUUUAUUGGGGCUUGAAUGCUCUGUAUCUCCUUGGCCAUCCCGAAGCAUUACCCCGAAAGGAAACCAUCAACUUUGUCCUAUCGUGCCAAAAGGAUGACGGUGGCUUUGGCGCUGCCCCUGGUCAUGAUGCACACAUGUUGUAUACAGUCUCUGCCGUACAAAUCCUUGUAAUGCUGGAUGCGGUAGAUGAACUGGAGAAACGUGGCCUGGGAGGCAAGCAGAAAGUCGGAUCUUUCAUCGCAGGAUUGCAGGAUAAGGAAACUGGUACAUUCAUGGGCGAUGAAUGGGGUGAGGCGGACACCAGAUUCCUAUAUGGUGCAUUCAACGCCUUGUCGUUAUUAGGUCUUCUCGACCUGGUUGAUGUUCCCAAAGCCGUCACCUAUAUCCAGAAAUGCGAGAAUUUGGAUGGUGGCUAUGGGAUCAAACCCGGGGCCGAAACACACGCUGGCCAGGUCUUUACAUGUGUAGGAGCUCUGGCGAUUGUUGGAAGACUCGAUCUGAUCAACAAGGACCGCCUAGGUGGUUGGCUUAGUGAAAGACAGAUGGAGAAUGGCGGAUUCAAUGGUCGCCCUGAAAAACUGGAAGAUUCAUGUUAUAGCUGGUGGGUUGGUGCCAGCAUAGCCAUGAUCGACAAAAUUCACUGGAUAGAUGGUAGCAAACUUGCUAGCUUUAUCUUGAAGUGCCAGGAUCCGGAAGCUGGGGGAUUCGGAGACCGACCUGGUAAUAUGGUCGAUGUCUUUCAUACUCACUUCGGCAUCGCAGGCCUCAGUCUGUUGAAGUUCGACGGCAUCAAAGAAGUAGAUCCUAUAUAG